UCAGGCAGAUCGCAGUCGCAGCACCGAAGAUGGUGAGCAGGCGCACUCUCCUCGUCAUGAUGGCGACGGUAGUGGUUCUGCAUCGGAGUCGGACUCUCUGCGCUGCUGCCUCGGCGGCUGCAGCGCCGCCGGCGACGACGAAGCAGGCGCGGACCCCGGCGCUGUUCGUGUUCGGGGACUCCAUCGUGGACCCGGGCAACAACAACGCCCUCACCACCACGGUGCGCUGCAACUUCCCGCCCUACGGCCAGGACUUCCCCGGCCACAACGCCACCGGCAGGUUCAGCAACGGCAGGGUGCCCGGCGACAUCGUCGCCAGCCGCCUGGGCAUCAAGGAGCACCUGCCCGCGUACCUCGGCACAGAGCUCAGCGACUUCGACCUCCUCACCGGCGUCAGCUUCGCGUCCGGCGGCUGCGGCUUCGACCCCCUCACCGCCGAGCUCGUGUCCGUGCUCACCAUGGACAACCAGCUGGACCUGUUCAAGGAGUACAAGGAGAAGCUGGAGCGCGUCGCCGGCGGCGCCCACCGGGCCGCCGACAUCGUGUCCAGGAGCCUUUACAUGGUGGUCACGGGCACCGACGACCUCGCCAACACCUACUUCACCACGCCGUUCCGCCGCGACUACGACCUCGAGUCCUACAUCGAGUUCGUCGUGCAGUGCGCCUCCGACUUCAUCAAGAAGCUGUACGGUCUGGGCGCGCGGCGCAUCAACAUCGCCGGCGCACCGCCCAUCGGGUGCGUGCCGUCGCAGCGGACCAACGCCGGCGGGCUGGAUCGGGAGUGCGUGCCGCUGUACAACCAGGCGGCCGUCGUGUUCAACGCGGCGCUGGAGAAGGAGAUCAAGCGGCUCAACGGCAGCGACGCGCUCCCGGCCUCCGUGCUCCAGUACAUCGACCUCUACACGCCGCUGCUCGACAUGAUCCAGCGCCCUGACGCCUACGGAUUCAACGUGACGAACCGGGGGUGCUGCGGCACGGGGGUGUUCGAGGUGACGCUGACGUGCAACCGGUACACGGCGGAACCCUGCAGGGACCCCAGCAAGUUCCUCUUCUGGGACACCUACCACCUCACGGAGAGGGGCUACGACCUCCUCAUGGCACAGAUCAUAAACCGAUACGGGGUCUGACGUCUGAGAUGGAUGCCAUGACAGCGCAGCGCUGGAGAUUUCGGCGCUAUGACAGCGCGGUCCAUGCUUUCAGAGGCUUUUGCUGAAUUUGAUCUUGUAGGUGAACUACGACUCCAGAAAUCACCGGUCCAAUAUCAUAUCCCAGUUUGUAAUGGGUACAUGUAGUGACAGUUGUUUGCUUGUAUUGCAUAAAUGAAAACUGAAUCAGGACAGGCAGUGACAGUUGACAAA